GAAACAAAUAGGUGCCCUUCGCAUCGGUGUCUCACUGGUUGCUCACGGAGAGCGGGCGUGAGAGACAGAGAGUUGAGCGACGAGUGACGUAUUCAUCCCUCCGUACGCGGUCUGCGAAUUCCAGCUCAUUGUGUGCUGUGUAGAAUGGUAUCGCGCAUGCGCACGGCGCAUCGACGGCUGUGUACUGGACCUUGACAUAUCAACCAAACUGGGGACGACACGAAUAUGUCUGUUGUUUUUAUGUGGCAGUUCUGAGAAGCGAAAUUUGCAUCGAGCGAAUAUUUGAAGAGAAGGAUAGUGCAUCGUGAACGUCGUGUGUGUGGAACGUGUACGCAUAUGUUGAGCUGUGUUCAAAAUGUGUUCCGCACAAAUAGCAAUGCGCAGGUAAGUCCCAGAACCGUCUAGGUGUUGACCGAUUGCGUAUGGCAUAUGGAACAGCAGGAGUGGAGAGAGAAGCCCCGCGUCUUUAAAUCGGAGGAAGGCAGCGAGGUGCCGGCGUCCGAAUCGAGCAUCGAUAACAACAACACGCUCACGUCACCACGCCAUAGUAAGCCGUUCUCGUCGGCCGGGCUGCAUGUCGUCGGCGCACCGCUCUUCUCGUCGUCACAACCGCAUGAGAGCAGCACCACCACGACCAGCAGCAGAGGCAGCAGCAGCAGCGGCGGUGCUGGUGGCCGUGCUAUGAGUACCGCCGUCGCCGACGCCUCCUCUUCUCACGCCGUCGCCAGCGCGCAUCACCUGGCUCCUCUGCCGCCGCCGCAAGGCCAGCUGCUGCCGACAGAAGACGUCGAGCACUUCUUUGACUAUCUCGAAAAGCCGUCGGCGGCGACGUACGGCGGCACGACGUACCACGGAGCGCGCGCGCGCGAGAUCAUGUUUCAGAACGUAUCGAUGCAGUCGCCGGUCGUCGGCGCGGGACAACCGUACCAGGACACGCCGUCGUCCGUCUACAUGCACGCGGCAAACAACCCCGUCUACGUGCCGACGUCGCGGCCGCUACUGCCGAUGCAGUACAGCGUGAACGGCGGCGGGCACGCCGGACAGGCGAACACCGUCUGGUAUCAGCAGCCGCAGGACGCCGUCGCGUCCUACUCCGUCGGCCAGUCGCAUCAUCCCGUGUCGCCCCGCGUCGGCUUCCCGCCCAGUCCGCCGAUAGGCUCUCCGGGAGCGCUGGACACUAGCUACGGCUCGACGCGGCAACGCACGGCGAACGGACUCGCGUACGGUUACGUGACACAUGACGCGAUGUCGGCGGCUGCGGGCUGGCCGACGCUGGAUAGCGGACUGAGGGUGAAUGCAAUGAUGGGAGGCGGUCCGCCCGGGUUACCGAGACAAGCACCUGGCAUGCCGAACGGUACAGGUCAAGGCCAUUAUGAACGAACACCCAUAUCGAGCAGUUCCCAUGACUAUGGUGGUAGACUAUUACCCGAAGGAAGACGUAAUGCGUCACGCGGCGCAAUGUUCGACACCUCUAUGGCCCGAGACGGAACUGCGUCACUUUACGUAUCAUGGCCUCGCUUACCACAAGUGCAGCGCAUGAACGGGGCCCCUUGUCCAAGAAUCAACUUACGAUUGCAAUCUGCAUCGCGUAGAGUUGGCCUGUCGUGCGCCAACUGCAACACAACGACCACGACUCUUUGGAGAAGAAACAACGAAGGGGAACCCGUCUGUAAUGCGUGUGGACUUUACUAUAAACUGCAUAAUAUUGCAAGGCCUUUAGCAAUGAAGAAAGAAGGCAUUCAGACACGCAAAAGAAAGCCAAAGACUGCCAACAAGAAAACCGCCAACAGCAAUGCUGAAAGCACGAAGUCUCUUGUCAUGUCUAAUACAAGCACAAUCCAAGAAGAUAUAAAACCAGUGAUGACGCAAUCGGAAUCUUUUGGGCCCCCACCGCUGCCACCCCCUCCACACAUCUCCAGCCUUAUAGAUAUCAAGCCAAUGUACAGCCAAAAAGCACUGGACGUACACAAUAAUCCGUACGCCCAUGCUCUGAGCACGUCUCACAUUGGCCUUGCAUCGACGCGGGGCAUGGCCAUUCCUGGUAACAUGGAUCAUUCACUGCAUCAUGGAUCCGCGGAGUCUGUCCCUGUGAUAAACCCAUCGAGCUUGCACUCGCCCGUGACAAAUGUCUAUUCUAAUGCAACAUCUUCCUCUCCUAAUCAAGCAAGCAUGGACGACAUGGGCCGACCUAAAACCACCACGUCGUAGUGCAAUCGGCGUGUUGUUAAAAUCGCAGAGAACGCUUGAAUUUGGCAUACCCACCGCAGUUCUUUUUUACGCCCAUCUGUUUCUUAAGUUUAUUCAGAGUUUAAAACGUUGUAAAGUGUAGUUGAAUAUAGACUGAUGAUUUUUUGUAAGUAAUGUAGCAAAAGCAGAAAUGUUGGGUGAUAUGCUAAUUUAGUGUUAAUGACUCGUCCCAUUAGAUACGACAAAUAAGACACUUCUUGAAUAUGGUAUAGCAAUUUCUAUGAUUACGUCACUUUUGCUAUUGUAUGUUUGGCGUCUUGUACCUCUCGGGUAUUACUAUGCUAUAAGAAGUGAUCCCUAGCAAAAAAUCAUUAUAUAUCAGACAGUAUUAGUUAUAUACGUCACUAUGUGUGUGUGUGUUGUUUUCCUAUCUAUCUAUUCAGACUAUAGCAUUGCCGCAAUACUGAAAAUUAUCGGAAACCCGAGUGCGAUCCACGAAGAUACUAUAGUAAUCUAAGUUGCACGAUAGUGAAGAUGACGAAAUGAAUGCUCCUCGCGGACUCGCUCUGUUCGGUGGACGUGUGACAGCAUAGUGGCGUGGUAGCACCAUGCAAAAUAUGUCACCGUCGAAUAAAGUUAAACCAGUGGUUGAUCGUAAUAGUUAGAUACCGUCCUGCACAUGGAUGCGAGUAUUGCACGACGAUGUGUUCAUGUCACCCUUUGUAAAUAACGGUCGUAGAGGUUAUCGUCAUUGUACGCGGUAGCGUUGACUGCACCGCCCCCUACCGUGUGUUAUUGUUACUGUUGCACAGUGAUCUUUAUCCGGUGUUACGCACAACCUAGAGAUGGGUUUCGUGACGCAUUUUUUACGCAGUCGUGCUUGAGAUGCGUAUAUGGUGUGACUCGCCACGCAUUAGAUAUAUAUCAGAGGGUUAAUAAUGACAAAUCUGUUAUUAUUAACUCCUGAUAUACAUGUGCGUCGGCGUUGCCAACACUCGGAUAACUAUAGGAAGUUUUGCUUAUAAUCUUCGUUAUCGUAUAUCGAUAUCGUCUUUGUGUAUAUGCGGCUUGAUGAAGGUUUCGUGAGAGUUGUUAGUUGACGGAAGAGAUUGGUAGAGACGUACGUUGGUUUUGGAAAUGUACUGUUUCAAGUACUGCGCUGAAGACGGUUUCAGAUACCUCAGCAUUUGGGUGUGAUGUUCUUAUCAGACUGGUUACUACUAGCAUAAUUGUGAUUACGCCAGACGGUUGACGGGGCAUAUGAGGUUUAGUUUAGACCAGGGUGAUUUUAAAACGGCUAUAAAGUUUAUAUAUUCGGCUCCCCAAGCAUUUAUUUAUGUAUGCCUCUAUAUGAAUUGGGAUUUACGUGUAGGCCUUGUUAUACUGGUUUCUUACAUUAAACAAGUUCAUGAAAAACGUAAAAUUUAUGCAAUAAUAAUCGCGCUAAUGAUAGCAGAACGAAUAUAUUAAAAAUUUGCAAUACACCGGAAACUUUUUUUUUCGCAGGACACAAGUGUGAGUGGCGAGUGCACAUGUUCUGUAAUAUCACGAUUUGUCAAACUUGAAAGUCUGAAAUUGAUCACGAAUGGUAACCGCUUAUAUGGAAGUUGACUAUAUAGAAACGACACGAUAUAGACACGAGUAGAAAUCCUGCAUAUAAUGUCAUAAUGCUCACAAUGUCAAUAAUUAUGAUUAUGUCAAGUUACUGUGCCGUUGUACAAUGUCAUCGGCACUUAUGCUUCUCUAGCUUGGUGGCGCCACCUAGGUGAGGAUGGUGCGACCGAGCUCAAAUAAUGUUACUGAUACACGUAUCAUGCGAAAGCUCAUUUGACUGUAUUUACGGAAGAUGUAGCAGUUAAGCCCAUGGAAAACUAUCUAUACUUUUAGGUAUAGGAGAGGCAUUUAAUUAUCCAACAGUCCGCAUUUAAAAAAAGGUUUGGUCAGUUAAUAUAAGAAUAUAUUAACAAAUGCAUCGUCGUAGAUAUUAAUGAGCAUUGCAUGUUAUUUCAGAGACGAAAACAAGGUUUAUUUCUGUUUUUGUGUGUUUUCAAUAUCAAGAUCCAGGUAGUUUUUUCAUUUCAGUGUUUCUUCGAAAAAACAACCGCGCAAUUUAGCUUUGAAGUCUAAUUGUAACGUGCCUUACAAUUAUUUAGUUAUAUUAUAGCGAUAGCAUACAUAUUUCGUCAUUACCUCAAUAUCAAUAACCGUACUAUAAUCCUACACGUAGUUCAUUUGUAUUCUAGGCAUAAAACCAAAGAAACAGGUAUUGAAUGCUUUUUGUAAUAAAAUACAAUUAAAUAAAUAAUUGAUACCUUAUGAUAAUAUGAAUGGCUUACUACCAAAUAAUAUAAAUAAGAUACUUCACAGAA